ACCUUUGGAAUGGAGUCGAAAAGGCCGAACUUCAACAGACAACACUUGCAAAACAGCGAAGGCAAAAUAUUUUCAAUGGACAAAAAACAAGUUUUUAAUCGCCAUUCUACAAAUACAACACGAAAUAAGGUACUCACCAGUGAGCUUCAAUACAUCAAAUAUCUGUCCAUUCCGCAAAAAGAUCAAGUUUUCUUGGACAAAAUAUUAUUGUUGUGAUGAUCCAUCGGCAUCAGUGGUUUAUCGUGCCCACAGUGCUUCGAUGCUAGUCUACAUCAAGUAACUUACAUUAAACUACAUACAAGUUACAACAUUGGCAAGAAUUGACGGAUAUGGGAACAAUGUAAAAUGAAAAUACCCAACAAAAAUAGUCAUAAAAGAUAAUUAAGAGUAUUGAAGUUUAUUCUCUUAAAUUUUGUAAUAUCACAAUCUGUGUAGCGUCAAGCCCCAAGCCACCAUAUAUAUCGAAUCGAAAUCCAGCGAACGUACAGCACCAGACGCCUGAAUAAACGCUACGCAUCCUGUGCACAGGAUUUGUUUAAGUUUUAACCUAACUCUAAUUCGGUAUCAAUCUCUUUCGUUUCGGAUGCCCAAAAGACGCAAUUAUUCAAGAAUCAAACUUUUCUGUCUGUUUCUGUGAGAAGCCUCAUAGUUUAUCUCUUGUUUAUCGUGAUGGCAUCUGCUCGACAGAUAAGUGGUGGCUUAAAAUCGGCUGCCUGUCGUCAAAAGUUGAAACAGCAGCAGCCAAACGAUCGUGGGAUUGCAUCGCUCCCCGGGAGUUCUGGCGAUAGAUCAAGUGAUAUCCCGUACAUGAAAGAAGAACACGUGCUGGUACUGGGCGAGCAUUUCUACAACAGGACGAUGGUGUUGGUGCAGCAGGCAGCAAGGAGUAGCAAUGAAUCGUCCCUGUGGGACAUUGCAGAUGGGAUCUACAAUGACGCAGAAGGAUACAUCAGUAAGGAUUCCCAGAUGAGAUCAUUUGCCCUUCUCAUGUACCACCUUGGAAUGGAAAAUGAAAAGAAUGCGGAAGUGAUGGCCAAACUGUGCUCCAGGCUAGCUUCUUUAGAGGCGGAGGGGCUCAAGUUUAGAAGCCCUCUGCUAAAAGAACUUCAGGACGAUUUUACAUCCCGUGCCACGUGGAAAGACCAAGAUCCGAGCCGAUGGCUUGCCUUUACUUGCUAUCUUUGCUGUCUCUUCAAGCAUCUCAGGAUUGGAGAUAACUACAUCAACGCCUUGGUGGAGCCUGUUUAUACAUGCCUUGACACACUAAUAACUGAUGAUUCCAGUGAUGAAGAAAUGAAAUGCGGGUGCAAUCAGCUCAAGUCGCUUGGACCCACUCUGGAUGACCUGAAGUCUGGGCAAAUGGACACCUUGGUCAACAUCAUGAAGGAGAAACUGCUAGGUCCCAAGUCUUCCCACUUCUCCCGUCUUCUCCUCCUAGAGGUCAUUGAACUUAGAGCGAGCGGAUGGCACUUGAACGACACACAGCAGCAAUACUACUCCGAGGUCUUCUGUUGAAAGUUGACAAAGUGCUUCUCUGAAAGACAUUCUCCGGUGUUUUUGGUUUUGAUGUCUUAUCAUGGAUAAUCUCCAGGGGACCUUCUCAGAGCCAUUGCUUGUGCAAGUCUUGGCUGAGGGUGAUCUUUUAUGUAAACUAUUGUCACUUUUAGGGACAAGCCUUUGGAGAAAUUGAAGAACUUUUGUUGAGCCCGUCUGUGAUUUGAGGCUCAAGAUGUAUGUUUUGCUUUUAUGAUCAACAUAUAGGAUAUCUUUACAAAGCGCUGUUACGUUGGUGUAGAUAUGGUUUGGUGCACGAACACAAAAAGAAAUCCGUCAGUGUGUGUGCUAGAUAUAAGAUUAUGAUGUGACAUGAUAUUAAGAUUAUCAUCACUGUGCUCACAAAAUGCGAAGCACAUUCUUUCUACCCUAACGAGCCACUAAAGCAGAAUGAUCCACAAGUGCAACCUUUUCCGGUUUCAUAAAGCUGUUCUUCAGUUACCCAUCACUUUCCAAACGGCAAGAUUCUAUUCUUGUGCUUGGAUCAGAUUUCUAAUUGGCAUCAUGUGAAGUUGAAUUACGAUCUUUGUAAAUUAAAAUUCUUGCUGUUUAAAAGCAUUUCUCAAUGCAAAGUUUAUUAUCAGGAUAUGAUUGGGGUUGUAGGAAAUUCAGUUCCACCGUUAUCAAAAAGCCCUUUGAAGAUUUCCUGGUCUUGUUUAGCACAGGAACAUAACCAUUCUCUCAUAGUCCUGAAGAAAUGCUUGAUGAAACAAUCCCCAGGGUACACUGGUAGGAACUCCCAACGUCCAAGAAUUUUCAGGUAUUUCAGCAAAGACUUGUUCAGAAACAUAAUUAGAAAUUCUUGUAACCAGUGGACAAAAAGAAGAAGUACAUGAAUAAUUCAUCUGAGAUAAGCCCCAAAAUAUAAUUUAAAAAAAAGGAGUUGAUAGGGUGCUCGUAAUGGAGCUUUUCAGUUUGAAAAGAUGUCACAUUGUGUGAUCAAUGAUUGGUACGAGUUUAAGUAUGGAUUUUAAUUUGUGCAUGUACCCGACCGAGUGAUUGCACGGAGGCGUCUUUGUACAUCAAGGAGCAUUUCAUGAAAAGCCUUGUCAGUGACUUUCACUAACAAAGUUGCUCUCGGCUAAUAAGAUGAAAGGAUUAUCUAUAGCAUAACAUUUAUUUCAAUGGUAUGCUCUAUAGGUCCAGGGGUCCGUUUCAUCGUACAACAAAGUUGCAUUAACAGUUUAUUGCUACAGAAAAGGCACGACAGUAUUGGUCAGAUCAUGCCAAAAGGCCGCGUACUACUGCGUAUUGAUCAAUAAGAUUGCGCGUUGCAUAUCACGUACGCGUCGGCAUUUAAGUGCGACCUAAGUCAUUUGAAUUUUCUCUCAUUUGUUAUGUUUUUUUUAGCAUCAAGUUGUUUUCUGUUGGUCUGUUAACAAUUUCUGUUGCUAGAGGAAGGUGUCUGAGAACUGGGCCCCGUCUUACAAAGGGUUACGAUUGAUCCAAUCCAUCGUAACUCUAUGGAAAUCCGUCAGUGUCAUAAUUUUUUCUUCAUGAAAUUUGCAUGAGGUCUUUUGUAAACAAAGACAGUGAAUUUUCAAGAAAACAAUGAAUGCAUGAAUAUACAUCAUAGUUACAAAAUAUUUUGAACAAAUAUGCAUAAUAGAUGUUGACAUUGUGGGCCAUCCAUAGUUGCGAUUGAUUGGAUCAAUCGCAACUCUUUGUAAGACAGGGGGGCCCUUGUCCAUCCCCUGAAACUGCAAUUCAUAGAACCAACCCUCUUCACUGAUAGAGUGUUACAAAGCUUCCUGUUCUGUGGAGAUGAUGUACCAAAUGGAAAGUCCUAUUUCUUCAUUUUAUGGCACUUAAUAUGUUUUUAAAAUGAAAAUACUUAUACUCUAUAUGAAAAUACAUGUAUCUUGGGGUAAAGACAAAUUUCAGCUCUCUAGAUUCGAUUAGCAUUUCACGUAAGAGUCAGUACUUGUGUUUAUGCAACUUCCUAUGUUAUUCUGUUUCAAAUAACCUUUCGAAGUUUUUUGUAUUUUGUUGUAUAUACAAAUGUUAUUUUAUGCCAUCUCACAAAAAGAAGAGAAAACUUUGUAAAUACAUGCAUUUGUUUCAAAUAAAUCAUUUAUUUAUACAUGA